AUGGGCUCAAUAACCAUCACUGGCAAUGCUGCUGCUGAUGCAUAUUCCGUCCCGUUGGCCGCAAACAAGGUAUUUGAGGACGGCAUCAUCUCUAAUCCACUCAUAGCCAAAGAUCUCCCGCCAGAGAUCAAGAAUAAAAAGACCAAAAUCACCUUUACUGGAUCUGCAAAUCCAUCUCUGCCCGUCAACUGGAGACUUGCAGAAGCUGUGUCGUCUCUCAAGGCACUGGAAGCAGCUUUAGUGGACACAAUACUCCAGCGCCGCUACAGCCUGGAGCCUCAUCAAAUCACCAUCAACACCGACCAUGCGAGCCUCUUCAUCUUUUCUACUCUCCUCUGGACCAUCGACCCUGUUGCCGGAGGCGAGAACAUCAGCCCGAACAGCCUCCGUGAAGCAAAUAAGAAUCUCUUCAAAUAUUUCCCCAACUGCGACAAGCAUCGCAUGAACGCUUCCACGCAUCGCAAUCUGGCCACAAACAUCUACAGAUGCGCAGACGGCCGCUACUUUCAAUCUCAUGGGUCUCUCAACCCGACGCCUACGCUGCUCAAUGUUGGCCUUUCCGCAGAAGCGGACAAAGACACGAAUGUUUAUGACUAUGCUGUGAAGCCAUUUCUCGAAGCUUUUGGCAACGUUGACAGCGAAGCCUUGCAGCGAAUUACAGAUGAGACGCGACAAGCAGGCACCAUCUGCUACACCACCGAAGAAUUUCUUAACUCGGACCAUGGAAAGGCCAACGCGCAUGUCGGGCUCUGGGAGAUUCGCGAGACGGCAAACGAGUCGCAGCGGCCCUGCUGGUGGGACACACCUGCGUCUCAGUCAGGCGUUUCUCGACCCCUUGCUGGCAUCAAAGUCGUUGACUUGACACGCAUCAUCGCCGGCCCGAGUAUCACUCGCAGCUUGGCCGAGCUAGGAGCCAGCGUGAUGCGCUGCACAGCACCUCAUCUACCUGACGUAGUUUCUCUCCAAGCAGACCUGAAUUGGGGAAAAUGGAACUGCAGUAUUGAUCUCCGAGAGGAGGGUGAUCGGGAGAAACUGAGGUUGCUCAUUCAGGACGCCGAUGUGGUCGUGCAAGGAUAUCGUCCCGGUGUGCUUGACAAGUAUGGAUUUGGUGAAGACGACAUCAUGAAAAUGACUGAGCAACGAUCCAAGGGCAUAAUCUAUGUGCGAGAGAAUUCGUACGGCUGGCAUGGGCCUUGGAAGGAUCGAAGCGGAUGGCAGCAGGUUGCCGAUGCGAACACCGGCCUGAGUUACUCCUUUGGACGAGCCAUGGGCCUUGAUGAACCCGUCACGCCCAUCUUCCCGCACAGCGAUUACUGUACCGGUGUUGCGGGCUCUUGCGCAGUCCUUCUCGCACUGCUGCGUCGCGCCGAAAAGGGCGGUUCUUAUAGCGUCGACCUCUCACUGAAUUACUACAGCACAUGGCUUAUCCGAUCAGUCGGAACAUAUUCCCCUGAGGUGUUUGACAAAGUAUGGGCGGAGCAUGGCCGACCCGUCUAUCGCCACUGGCACAACAAUGGCGUCUCAGCGCCUGAAACUGUGAAGAGACUCAAAAAUGGCCCGGCGAGUGAGAGGAUUCUGCGCCCGGAAUAUUUUGAGGACAGACGCUCGCCGAGUGUUCUUGGAGAAAAGGCGUUUCGAGCGGUGAAGGGAGUAGCGGAUUGGGGCGGUGUUGUUGAUUUGAGAUAUAAUGUUGGGACACGAGGCAAUGGGACUGACGCGGCGAGAUGGCCAGAUGAUUUGACACAGGAGGUGGUGCAAGAGCUGGUGUGA